CCCAGGGGCUAUCCUGCCCCGGGAGCCGCGGCGGCAACUGCAGACUUGGCUUCCCACCACGCCCUGCCCCGCCUUCGGCCAGCCUUCGCCCCUGGUUCCAUCAUCCGCUGUACACCUGGCUGGAUAAGACUAUUAGAAUCAUGGAGAGUGAGACUUCUGCCAAGCUUCCAGGAUACUCAGACCGUCAGACGAGAACAAAUUCCUCAUGUCACGACCUAAGAGUUUUCCGGAGUUGAAGAAUGACACAUUUCUGCGAGCAGCCUGGGGAGAGGAAACCGACUACACUCCCGUUUGGUGCAUGCGUCAGGCUGGCCGCUACUUACCAGAGUUUAGGGAAACCCGGGCUGCCCAGGAUUUUUUCAGCACCUGUCGCUCUCCUGAGGCCUGCUGUGAACUGACUCUGCAGCCACUGCGUCGCUUUCCUCUGGAUGCUGCCAUCAUUUUCUCCGACAUCCUUGUUGUACCCCAGGCACUGGGCAUGGAGGUGACCAUGGUACCUGGCAAAGGACCCAGCUUCCCAGAGCCAUUAAGAGAAGAGCGGGACCUAGAGCGCCUCAGGGAUCCAGCAGUGGUGGCCUCUGAGCUGGACUAUGUGUUUCAGGCCAUCACCCUCACCCGACAACGACUGGCUGGGCGUGUGCCACUGAUUGGCUUUGCUGGUGCCCCGUGGACCCUGAUGACAUACAUGGUUGAGGGUGGCGGCUCAAACACCAUGGCUCGGGCCAAGCGCUGGCUCUAUCAGAGACCUCAGGCCAGUCACCAGCUGCUUCGCAUCCUCACUGAUGCUCUGGUUCCAUAUCUGGUAGGACAAGUGGCUGCUGGUGCCCAGGCAUUGCAGCUCUUUGAGUCCCAUGCAGGACAUCUUGGCCCAGAGCUCUUCAGCAAGUUUGCACUGCCUUAUAUUCGUGAUGUGGCCAAGCGAGUGAAGGCUGGGCUACAGAAGGCAGGCCUGGCAUCAGUGCCCAUGAUCAUCUUUGCUAAGGAUGGGCAUUUUGCCCUGGAGGAGCUGGCUCAGGCUGGCUAUGAGGUGGUUGGGCUUGACUGGACAGUGGCCCCAAAGAAAGCCCGGGAGCGUGUGGGGAAGAUGGUGACCUUGCAGGGCAACCUGGACCCCUGUGCCCUGUAUGCAUCUAAGGAGGAGAUUGGGCAGCUGGUGCAGCAGAUGUUGGAUGACUUUGGGCCACAGUGCUACAUUGCCAACCUAGGCCAUGGACUUUAUCCUGAUAUGGAUCCGGAACACGUAGGGGCCUUUGUGGAUGCUGUGCAUAAACACUCACGUCUGCUUCACCAGAACUGAGCAUAUACCUUUACCUUCAAAAAUCACUAACAAAGAUGAUUGAUUGUUUCCUGAAGAAUAAAAGUUCCAGAGUUG